AGCUUGUUAAAGGGCUGAGAGGAGCGGGAGGGGCCAGCAGGGCUCUUUCUGAAACAGCUGUGGUUGUAAUUAGGUGGAAGUGUGGUUGGCUAUUAUUUAUUCCGGUUAUGAUUACUCCGGGAUCAGCAUCCCUGAUUGGCGGCUUGUCUGGGAAGGCUCCCCUCUCUCCUAACCACCCGUCAGUCUUUGGAAUCAUUGGUGCCUGCCUGUUUGGGAGGGCCUCUGGGUGUGCCAGAGAAAUGGGUGGCUUUGUCCACCAUGGUUACCUGUGGUGGGCUUCUCAGCCUACUGGCCCCUUCGCCGCCUGCCUCGGCAAUGCCUAGGGUCCCAGCAACAGGCUCCCGAGCUGCUCAGUGGGAGGUCUGCCAUGGUAUCCACGUGGCCUGGAUGCCCCUUGCCCUUGUGGCUUGCCUGAACUGAACUGUCUCAGCGUCCAGGAAUGUAGACUUCCCUGCCAGUCUCAGCGCAGACUGGCAUGAAGCUUGGGGUGCCAAGUGGCACCAGAUUGGGUAGAUAGGCUGGGCGCAGCGGUGUGGACAGAUCGGGAGGGUGAUUGGAGAGAGCACCAGGGCUCUCCCAACGUAGCAUCUUUUGCAGGAGUCCUGCAGUGUGGCCGGGAGGAGGAGGAGUCCUGUUAGCCAGGCUCAGGAGCCUCUGCACACACCUGCCGCCGUGCACACUCUUGGUGCCCCUGGCUACAUUUCUGGCUUCCACAUACCCUCCCCUCUCCGUGUAGUCACCCUUACUGGGCAGGACUGGGCUUGUGUCUCCUGCCUGGGAAUGUGCUUGGCUGAGGCAGGGCCCACUGGCCCUAGGCUUGGCUAGAUUCCACGGAAGACCAAGGAGCAGGAAGAUAUCAGGCCAGAGGGUGCUUUGUCGGAGAGAAGGAAGGUGGUGGCUCUCCCCCGGCCACGUCAUGGCUGUAUGUUGUGCCUGGGUCAGUCGACCUUCCUCCGCUUUAACCACCCGGCUGAAGCCAAGUGGAUGAAGAGUAUGAUUCCGGCAGGGGGCCGGGCCCCCGGGCCCCCCUACAGUCCUGGCUCAGAAUCGGAAAGCCUGGUGAAUGGGAACCACGCGCCACAGCCCGCGACCCGGGGCCCCUCUGCCUGCGCCAGCCACAGUUCCCUGGUGAGCUCUAUUGAGAAGGACCUGCAGGAGAUCAUGGAUUCGCUGGUGCUAGAGGAGCCCGGAGCGGCCGGCAAGAAGCCUGCCGCGACUUCCCCACUGUCGCCAAUGGCUAAUGGUGGGCGCUACUUGCUGUCCCCACCAACCAGCCCUGGUGCCAUGUCUGUGGGCUCCAGCUACGAGAACACCUCUCCAGCCUUCUCUCCGCUCUCCUCACCAGCCAGCAGUGGGAGCUGUGCCAGCCACUCACCCAGCGGGCAGGAGCCAGCACCUUCCGUGCCGCCGCUGGUGCCUGCCCGUUCCUCUAGCUACCACCUGGCCCUGCAGCCCCCACAGUCCCGACCGGGCGGCGCCCGCUCCUCCGAGAGCCCCCGGCUGGGCCGGAAAGGGGGUCACGAGAGGCCUCCCAGCCCCGGCCUCCGAGGUCUGCUGACGGACAGCCCCGCGGCCACUGUCUUGGCGGAGGCCCGCAGAGCCACCGAGAGCCCCCGGCUGGGUGGGCAGCUGCCCGUGGUGGCCAUCAACCUGAGUGAAUACCCAGCUUCCGGUGCCCGAAGCCAGCCCACGAGCAUUCCUGGAAGCCCCAAGUUGCAGCCUCCGGUCCCUGCUCCCCGAAACAAGAUCGGCACCCUCCAGGACCGCCCCCCCAGCCCUUUCCGGGAGCUGCCAGGCACCGAGCGGGUGCUGACAACCAGCCCCUCACGCCAGCUGGUGGGCCGAACAUUUUCAGAUGGGUCAGCCACCCGCACCCUGCAGCCUCCUGAGAGUCCCCGCCUGGGCCGGCGGGGCCUGGACAGCAUGCGGGAGCUCCCUCCGUUGAGCCCGUCUCUGUCGCGACGGGCUCUCUCCCCCAUGCCCACCAGGACUACGCCAGAUCCCAAGCUAACCAGGGAAGUGGUGGAGAGUCCCCGGGCCCGGCGCUGGGCAGCCCACGGGGCGUCACCGGAGGACUUCUCCCUGACGCUGGGGGCACGGGGCCGUAGGACACGGAGCCCCUCACCCACGCUCGGGGAGUCACUGGCACCCCGCAAGGGCAGCUUCAGUGGCAGGCUGAGCCCAGCCUAUAGUCUGGGCUCUCUGACCGGGGCUUCGCCCCGCCAGAGCCCCCGUGCCCAGAGGAAGCUGUCCAGUGGGGACUUGCGGGUCCCUGUCACUCGGGAGCGGAAAAAUAGCAUCACGGAGAUCAGUGACAACGAGGACGACCUCCUGGAGUACCACCGGCGGCAGCACCAAGAACGGCUCUGGGAGCAGGAGAUGGAGAGGCUGGAACGCCAGCGCCUGGAGACCAUCCUGAACCUGUGUGCUGAGUACAGCCGGGCCGACGGGGCACCCGAGGCUGGGGAGCUGCCCAGCAUCGGGGAAGCCGCCGCAGCAUUGGCGCUGGCGGGCCGGAGGCCCUCACGAGGCCUUUCAGCGGCCACCGGAGCCUCUGGGCGGGGCACCGAGGAGCCCGGGGGUGCCACCCAGCGCCUGUGGGAGUGCGUGGACCGCUCAGAUGAGGAGAAUCUCAAGGAGGAGUGCAGCAGCACUGAGAGCACCCAGCAGGAGCAUGAAGAUGCACCCAGCGCCAAGCUCCAGGGGGAGGUGCUGGCCCUGGAAGAGGAGCGGGCUCAGGUGUUGGGGCGAGUGGAGCAGCUCAAGGUCCGUGUGAAGGAGCUCGAGCAGCAGCUGCAGGAGUCCGCCCGCGAGGCUGAAAUGGAACGAGCAUUGCUGCAGGGGGAGAGGGAGGCAGAGCGGGCGUUGCUGCAGAAGGAGCAGAAGGCCGUGGACCAGCUGCAGGAAAAGUUGGUGACCUUGGAAACCGGCAUCCAGAAGGAGAGGGACAAGGAGAGGGCGGAGCUGGCCGCGGGACGGAGGCACCUGGAGGCCCGCCAGGCGCUCUACGCCGAGCUCCAGACGCAGCUCGAUAACUGCCCCGAGUCAGUGCGGGAACAGUUACAGGAGCAGCUGAGAAGGGAGGCCGAGGCCCUGGAGACGGAGACAAAGCUGUUUGAGGACUUGGAGUUCCAGCAGCUGGAGCGGGAGAGCCGCGUGGAGGAGGAGCGUGAGCUGGCGGGCCAGGGGCUGCUCCGGAGCAAGGCCGAGCUGCUCCGGAGCAUCACCAAGAGGAAGGAGCGCCUGGCAGUCCUGGACAGUCAGGCCGGGCAGAUCCGGGCCCAGGCCGUGCAAGAGUCCGAGCGCCUGGCGCGGGACAAGAACGCCUCCCUGCAGCUGCUGCAGAAGGAGAAGGAGAAACUCACGAUGCUGGAAAGAAGGUACCACUCACUCACGGGAGGCAGGCCUUUCCCGAAGACCACGUCGACCCUCAAAGAGGCCGAACUGCUCAUCUCCGAGUCCUCAGGGACUGCGAGUCUGGUCCCUUUCCCGGGGUCUUCUCAGGCUGGGGCCUCCUCUGUCCCCCUAAUCCCACCUGCCUCCACUCAGCUCUGCCCCAAAGCACAAGAGGAGUAUGUGAGCCUGGCAGAGGUUCUCCAGCUGUGCUUCCGCUCGGACCCCCAUGCUUCUGCCACCUCCCCCAGCGUGCUCGCCCAGCCCCUGCCUGACAGUGAGUACGUGACGCUUGAGCAGCUAAAGGCGAUGUGGGGCACCUCGCCCAUGCCCGCAGCCCCUGUGCCAGGCCUGCCUCUCUGGGCCCCUGCCUCCCGGGACCUGGUUCCCACCACCUGCCUUCCUCCCGUGCUGCCCUCUUCCUCCUCCUUCGCUUCCAUCACGCCUUCACCCAAGAUGGAGGAGCUGCUGCUCCCUGCUGUAGACUUAGAGCAGUGGUACCAGGAGCUGAUGGCCGGGCUGGGGACCGGCCCCGCUACAGCCUCCCCGCGCUCCUCUCCCCCGCCUCUGCCCGCCAAAGCUUCCCGGCAGCUGCAGGUUUACCGCUCCAAGAUGGAUGGUGAGGCCACCAGCCCCCUGCCCCGGACCCGCAGCGGCCCUCUCCCCUCUUCCUCUGGCUCUUCUUCCUCCUCCUCCCAGCUCAGCGUGGCUACCCUGGGCCGUAGCCCCUCCCCAAAGAGUGUCCUCCUUGCCCAGAAUGGCACGAGCAGCCUUCCUCGCAACCUGGCGGCCACGCUGCAGGACAUUGAGACCAAGCGCCAGCUGGCCCUGCAGCAGAAGGGCGAGUCGCUUCCUGCCGAGCCCCCCCCAACCGACGACCCAGCAGGGCAGCAGGUGAUCGAGGAGCAGCGGCGGCGCCUGGCCGAGCUGAAGCAGAAGGCUGCGGCCGAGGCGCAGUGCCAGUGGGAUGCCCUGCACGGGGCGGCCCCCUUCCCGCCCGGCCCCUCGGGCUUCCCCCCGCUCAUGCACCACUCCAUCCUGCACCACCUGCCGGCCGGCCGAGAGCGCGGGGAGGACGGCGAGCACGCCUACGACACCCUGAGCCUGGAGAGCUCCGACAGCAUGGAGACCAGCAUCUCCACGGGCGGCACCUCGGCCUGCUCCCCGGACACCGUGUCCAGCGUGAGCGGCCUGGACGUGGGGAAGAUCGAGGAGAUGGAGAAGAUGCUGAAAGAAGCUCACGCGGAGAAGAGCCGCCUCAUGGAGUCGAGGGAGCGGGAGUUGGAGCUCCGGAGGCAGGCCCUGGAGGAGGAGCGGAGGCGGCGGGAGCAGGUGGAACGGAGGCUGCAGAGCGAGAGCGCCAGGAGGCAGCAGCUGGUGGAGAAGGAGGUCAAGAUGCGGGAGAAACAGUUCUCCCAGGCACGACCCCUGACUCGCUACCUGCCAAUCCGGAAGGAGGACUUUGAUCUGAAGACCCACAUUGAGUCGUCGGGCCACGGCGUCGAUACCUGCCUGCACGUGGUGCUCAGCAGCAAGGUCUGCCGCGGCUACUUGGUCAAGAUGGGGGGCAAGAUUAAGUCGUGGAAGAAGCGCUGGUUUGUCUUCGACCGGCUCAAGCGCACCCUUUCCUAUUAUGUGGACAAGCAUGAGACGAAGCUGAAGGGGGUCAUCUACUUCCAGGCCAUCGAGGAGGUCUACUAUGACCACCUGCGCAGUGCGGCCAAGAAGAGGUUUUUCAGCUUCACUGUGGUGACUGAGAGCCCGAACCCAGCCCUCACCUUCUGUGUGAAGACCCAUGACCGGCUCUACUACAUGGUGGCCCCAUCUGCAGAGGCCAUGCGCAUCUGGAUGGAUGUCAUCGUGACCGGAGCUGAGGGCUACACUCAAUUCAUGAACUGACCGGUGUGGACCUCCUGGACCCUCGGGCCAGCCCACCUGCUGCUCCGCCCUGGAGACAGAGGUGCACACCGGGCCACACAGGAGUGCCCCCCCAGAGGCCCGGAAGGGCGGAGCGUGCCUGGGGCUGUUGUAGGUGACUUUGUACUGUUCUACGGUGUAAGGAGCUCAUCCUGUGAAUUUCUGGGCUCAGGCCCCCUGAAGAACAAGCCAGCAGAUGAAAAGUGGGGAGGCUCCCGGGAGCCCAGAAUCUGCAGUAACCUUGGAGGGCCCGGCCCCAGGCCUGAGGAGCCGUCACAAGAGGGGGCCUCAAGCUCUGACCUGGCACCUGCACUCCCCAGCCUGUGUUCUCUUUUGCAAAAGGACAAAUUAUGGUACCAGAAUCUGCCAAAGAUCCCUUCUUGCCUCAGCCCCCUUUGCCGGGGGCCUUGGGGGCUGAGGAGAACCACAUCAAGAGUGGGGUAACAGCUCAGGCGGUGUACUUCUCCAACCCCGCUCUACCCUGUACUCCCCUGUCUUUGUUCAAGGGCCAGAGACCUCCAGUGCCAUCCUUGAGGUCCUAACCUCAUCCCCUUUUUGCAGACCCCCAACCACGAUCUCCACAGUGACUGCUUCAUCGCCAUGGUCAUACACUCGUUGCCGUGGCUCCGCCCAUGCUGCAGCCAUGGGCCCAUCCGAGGGUACAAGGGUACGUACUGCGACCUCUCCAGCCCAGGACCAUGUGCAUCUCAUGCCGGGGGAAGGGACCAAGCACCCUCUCCCUGCCCCCUAUGUCUCCAGGCCCUGGUGCAUAGCCGGCCGCCCCCUAGUCCAGACCUCUCCCUUGCACUCGUGCCUUGCUUAGAGCCAGAAGGGACGAAGCUUGGACAUCCAGAGACUGGAGGAAGGAAGCAGAUGGGAGAGGCAGCUAGACUGGGUUCUACAGAACUGGCUGGGUUUCUAACAGGGAUGGAGGGCAGCUCAGACACCCGCUGGGGGAAACCUGAGCAGGAGCCGAGGGGGAGGACCCUGGGGGCUGGCUGCCCUCCCUUCCGCCUCAGAAGGAUGACAGAAAUGGAGAGCAGAGGACCAGGCCCCCCGCUGUCUGGCCUCAGCCCUUCACGCCUUAACACUAAGCCCACAACCCUGCUCCUCUGCCCAACACUGGGCCAUGGUUGCCCGGCCUGGGCUGGGCGAUUUUCAGUAUUUGUAAGCAUCUCAACAGAACAAUAAAGCAUUUGGAGUAUG